AUGUUUGUGAAGUCAGCAGAUGAGCUUUUUGGGCCGAUAACUACUAUUUGGCAUCCUGGAAGUCCUGCAAAGCACAUUCCAUGGACAGCAUUCACAAUUGGGCCCGUGGAUUGGGAACACGUUAAUACUACUAGGAACAUCAUUUCUGAUGCCAACAACAUUCAACAGUAUUUCUCCUUGGAACUACAACCUACCCUCUGGCAAGCAAUCAUGGUCGUUGAGGAGCUGCAGACUGCAUGGGAAGCCAAGUGUGAUGAUCUAAAGUAUGCUCUCUUCAAGCCAGCAAUCGAGGGAGGACUGGACAAGGUCAACAAGUACUAUAGAAGGUUCGAUGAAAAACCAAUUUAUGUCCUGGCCCUUGUCCUGCAUCCAUAUUAUAAACUUGACUACAUCAAGAUGCCCUGGGGAGGUCCCAAGGAGCAUGAACUUGAACGCGCUGCUGGUAACCUGAAUGCUGUAAACUGGCACAAUGAAGCGCUGAAGAUCAUAGAGAAGACAAUGCAAGAUUAUUCAAAAUGCGUGCCCACAGGUGCCACCACUUGCUCCUCGUCUCCCAGCCAAUAUGCUUGCCUCUACUGA